AAUAGGAUGGCGUCUCAUGUUAGGUACUACAUUGGUUCCAGGUGCCAUUGAAACGGUUGGUAUGUUUUUCCAACCUGAAAGUCCUCGAUGGUUGAUUAAGAAAGGCAAACAUGAACAUGCAAUGGAAGUUCUUAAACGUUUAAGAAUUUCUAGAGAACAUGCCUUGAGAGAUUAUGUGAUCAUUAGGAAAGCCUGUGAAGAGGAGUCUAGAAUGACUGCUGGUAAGAACAUGUAUUUUGAACUGGUAAGAGUGCCAUCUCUUCGACGAGCUUUGUUUGUGGGAGUUUUACUUAUGUUGUUUCAACAAUACUGUGGAAUGAAUGUGUUUAUGUAUUACGUGGACUAUAUGUUCAAGACCAUGAUACAUGUAUCGAGUAAGAAAGCUGUUCUUGCUAGUAUGGUUGCUGGUUUUGCCAAUGCAGUAUUCACCAUUCCUGUGUAUUGGACGAUUGACAAGUAUGGAAGAAGAAGUCUUCAAUUAUGGACGUUUCCAGUGAUGUGUGCCAUGCAAGUUCUUGCUCUUUUUUCUUAUUAUGGCACAAAAUGGGUCAAUUUUGCGCUGUUUAUUAUUGCCAUAUUCUUCUUCAUUGCUGCCUAUUCUCCAGCCAAUGGACCCGUACCUUGGGUCUAUAAUGCUGAAAUUUUUCCGUUGUACAUUCGAUCAGAAGGCAUGGCUAUUACUACAUUUACCAACUACAUGUUCAAUUUCGUAGUAUCCUUUUCAUGGCCGGAUAUGUUGAAAAGUAUGAAAGCUCAAGGUGGUUAUGGAUUUUAUGCAGCAGCUAUUGCUUGGGGAUGGGUAAUGUUGUUCUUCUUUAUGCCAGAAACCAAAGGUUAUACUUUGGAACAAAUGAGACUUGUGUUUGAACACUCACUAGGAGAAAUUGCCAAGUAUCAUUGGCACUGUGGUGUGAAUAAUGUGAAGAGAGUAUUAGGCAUGAAGAAUGUGAACGCUUCUAUCCCUUCUCCCUAUGAUAAAGCAGCCAACUUGAAAGAACAUGGAAUUGAGGAAGAAGAAAUGUAGACAGUCCUAUUAUUUAUGUCAGUUGGUUAAAAUAAAGAUGGAAAUGAGUGA